AAGGAGGAAAGGACGGCUGAGGAGGAUAGGAAUCAUCGGAUGGGGGAUUGCGGCAGCGAGUGAGAGACCACCGGUGCGCUUCUUCGGCUCCCAUCGGAAGAGAUCCCGAUCGAUUGUUCUCUUCCUCCUCCUCGGUGUAAGGUGAUUCUUCUCCAGAGAGUUUGGUGGGCAGCUCGGAGAAAGAUCGGAUCUGGGUAGGGUGUCGGGAGCGUCAUGGAAGCCAAUGCGGGAAUGGUGGCGGGGUCACACAAGCGGAACGAGUUCGUGAUGAUUCGGCAGGGAGGAGAAGCUGGGCCAAAGCUGCUGAAAAAAUUUGAUGGCCAAGAGUGUCAAAUCUGUGGUGAUACAGUAGGACUUUCAGACACGGGGGACCUUUUUGUUGCUUGUAAUGAGUGUGCCUUCCCAGUCUGCCGAGCUUGUUAUGAAUAUGAGAGGAAGGAAGGGAAUAAGUCUUGCCCUCAAUGCAAGACUCGGUACAAGAGACACAAAGGUAGUCCUCGAGUUGAUGGAGAUGAUGAGGAAGAUGAUGUUGAUGAUCUAGACAAUGAGUUCAAUUGCAGGCAAGGCAAUGUUGAAGCUGGACAUACAUGGCAACUUCAAGGACCGGCAGAAGAUGUUGAUUUAUCUUCUUCUUUUAGACAUGAACCUCAACACCGUAUUCCAUAUUUGACCAGUGGGCAACAGGUUUCUGGGGAGGUCCCUGAUGCAACACCUGAUCGCCAUUCUAUUCGAAGUCCAUCAUCAGGUUAUGUAGAUCCCAGCUUGCCAGUUCCAGUAAGAAUUGUGGACCCUUCCAAAGACUUGAACUCAUAUGGGCUUGGUAGUGUUGACUGGAAAGAAAGAGUUGAAGGUUGGAAGCUCAAACAGGACAAAACCAUAAUGCAUGUGACCAACAAAUACAAUGAUGGCAAAGGAGAUAUGGAAGGAACUGGUUCAAAUGGUGAAGAUCUGCAAAUGGUCGAUGAUGCUCGGCAACCUUUAAGCCGUAUAGUACCAAUUCCUUCUAGCCAACUUAACCUCUACCGUGUGGUCAUCAUACUUCGGCUCAUCAUUUUAUGUUUCUUCUUCCAAUAUCGUGUAACUCAUCCGGUACAUGAUGCUUAUCCUUUGUGGCUAACAUCGGUCAUUUGUGAGAUAUGGUUUGCUUUGUCAUGGCUUCUUGAUCAGUUUCCAAAAUGGUAUCCAAUCAACCGUGAGACAUACCUUGAUAGGCUUGCCUUGAGAUAUGAUAGGGAAGGGGAACCAUCACAAUUAGCUCCUGUUGAUGUUUUUGUCAGUACAGUGGAUCCUUUGAAGGAACCUCCUCUUAUAACAGCCAACACAGUGUUGUCUAUUCUUGCUGUGGAUUACCCUGUUGACAAAGUCUCAUGUUAUGUUUCUGAUGAUGGUUCAGCAAUGCUUACUUUUGAAGCACUGUCAGAGACUGCUGAAUUUGCAAGAAAGUGGGUACCUUUUUGCAAGAAGCAUAAUAUUGAACCCAGGGCCCCUGAGUUUUAUUUUGCUCAGAAGAUAGAUUACCUUAAAGACAAGAUUCAACCUUCUUUUGUGAAAGAACGACGUGCAAUGAAGAGAGAAUAUGAGGAAUUCAAGGUACGGAUAAAUGCUCUUGUUGCCAAAGCACAAAAAACUCCAGAAGAAGGUUGGACAAUGCAGGAUGGAACUCCCUGGCCUGGAAAUAACCCAAGAGAUCAUCCGGGCAUGAUACAGGUCUUUUUAGGGCACAGCGGAGGUCUUGAUACAGAUGGCAAUGAGCUACCUCGCCUAGUAUAUGUUUCCCGUGAGAAGAGACCGGGUUUCCAACAUCACAAAAAGGCUGGUGCAAUGAAUGCCUUGAUUCGAGUAUCUGCUGUCUUGACCAAUGGCGCCUAUCUUCUCAAUGUGGAUUGUGAUCAUUACUUCAACAACAGCAAAGCUCUCCGGGAAGCAAUGUGUUUUAUGAUGGAUCCUGCACUAGGAAAGAAGACAUGCUAUGUUCAGUUCCCUCAACGAUUUGAUGGCAUUGAUUUGCAUGAUCGAUAUGCCAAUCGGAACAUUGUGUUUUUUGAUAUCAACUUGAAAGGUUUGGAUGGCAUCCAGGGUCCUGUCUAUGUGGGGACAGGAUGCUGUUUUAACAGGCAGGCCUUGUAUGGUUAUGAUCCUGUAUUAACCGAGGCUGAUUUGGAACCAAACAUUGUGUUCAAGAGCUGUUGUGGUUCAAGGAAAAAACGAAAGGGAGGAAAUAAGAGCUACAUUGAUAAUAAAAAAAGGGCUAUGAUGAGAUCUGAAUCUUCAGUUCCCAUCUUCAAUAUGGAAGACAUGGAGGAGGGAAUAGAAGGUUAUGAGGAUGAGAGAUCACUGCUCAUGUCUCAGAGGAGCUUGGAAAAGCAAUUUGGUCAGUCACCAAUUUUCAUUGCAUCUACCUUCAUGGAGCAGGGAGGCAUACCACCAUCCACGGAUCCAGCGUCUCUUCUGAAAGAAGCCAUACAUGUUAUUAGCUGUGGGUACGAAGACAAAACUGAAUGGGGAAAAGAGAUUGGCUGGAUAUAUGGAUCUGUUACUGAGGAUAUUCUUACUGGUUUUAAGAUGCAUGCUCGUGGAUGGAUUUCAAUUUAUUGCAUGCCUCCCCGCCCUGCAUUCAAGGGUUCUGCCCCAAUCAAUCUUUCUGAUCGUCUCAACCAAGUGUUGCGGUGGGCCUUGGGAUCAAUUGAAAUCCUGCUCAGUAGACAUUGCCCUAUAUGGUAUGGUUACAAUGGAAGAUUGAAGCUUUUGGAGAGGGUGGCAUACAUUAAUACCAUAGUUUAUCCAAUCACGUCAAUCCCACUGAUUGCCUAUUGUGUUCUUCCUGCUAUUUGCCUUCUCACAGGAAAAUUUAUUAUUCCAGAGAUAAGCAAUUAUGCAGGAAUGUGGUUCAUUCUGCUCUUCAUCUCAAUCUUCGCUACUGGAAUUCUUGAACUCAGGUGGAGCGGGGUCGGGAUUGAGGACUGGUGGAGGAAUGAGCAGUUUUGGGUGAUUGGAGGAACAUCAGCCCACCUGUUUGCCGUGUUCCAGGGUCUGCUUAAGGUGUUAGCAGGGAUAGACACCAGCUUCACGGUCACAUCCAAGUCUUCAGAUGACGACGGAGACUUUGCUGAGUUGUAUGUGUUCAAGUGGACGAGUCUCCUCGUUCCCCCAACUACUGUCUUGGUCAUCAACAUGGUAGGAAUCGUGGCAGGCGUCUCUUAUGCCAUCAACAGCGGCUACCAGUCAUGGGGUCCUCUGUUCGGAAGGCUGUUCUUCGCAUUUUGGGUGAUUGCACAUCUAUAUCCCUUCCUCAAGGGGCUUAUGGGCCGGCAAAACCGAACACCUACAAUUGUCAUUGUGUGGUCCAUUCUCCUUGCCUCAAUCUUCUCAUUGCUCUGGGUACACAUUGAUCCAUUUACUUCUUCCACACAAAAGGCUGCGGUCAUGGGACAGUGUGGUGUCAAUUGCUGAUCCUUCCAUGUCAAGUUGGUUUCUCUGGGUGCUGGUGCUCAUAUGAAGAGGCAAAGCUUGUGUGGUAUAGAUGUUUAAGUUAUGUAUGUUUUUUUGUUCUCAUAAAAUGAUUACUUGGUUUCUGUAAUAUUCAAGCCGCUGUAGUUGUCAUUGUAAGAUUCCACCUUUUUUUUCUUUUUGUGUAUGAUAUGAAUAGAUCUGAUGAGGACUUUGUUAGUGUA